GAGAAACAUGAAGUUGCAGUAAUAAAUGGAAAAACAAAUAUUAAAAAGAAUAACUACCUUUUUUUAACUUUGGUGCAACUCUUUUUUUUCGUUUUCUUGUAUUUUGUAUUCUAAUGUAUUACUAAGAACAAUUGUAAGUUAUGUUAAAUAUGUCACCUAUUGAUAAGAAUCUAUUAUUGUUGUUAUAAAAAGCGAAAAUUUUUAUACAAUUAACCUGCCCCACUUUUUGCAGCAAUGUCCACAAUUUUAAUUUAAUUAAUCCGGUUACCCCUACUUAUUUAUUUGAUUUUAUUUUCUCAAGGAACUGUUUCAACUGUAUUGGAAAUUUUAUCUAUUUAGGUUACAAUAAAAACCACUUAAAAAACUCGAUUUUUUAUCAUAGCCUACUAUUUUUGAACAUAUCGUCGUUUUAAUCCAACUUGAUCGCUAGUUAUUUUAUUCAAUAUUAAUAUUAUAUUCAGUUCAGUUUUCCUUGCAAAUUUACUAGUAGUGUUUUAUCUAUCUGCUACAAUGUCAUCUUCGCCCUCAACUCCUUCACCCUUGGUUUCAAAUGGUACGCAGAAGAAAAGCGGUUCACCAGGAAAAACCUCACCUGGAAAAAGCUCGCCGAAGACGAGCCUUUCACCGUUGAAACUCGGUUCACCGGGAAAAACCUCACCGGGAAAAAGCUCGCCGAAGAGAAGCCUUUCACCAGGAAAAGAUUCACCGGGAAAAAUUUCACCUGGAAAAAGCUCACCGAAGAAAAGCCUGUCACCGGUGACAAUCGGUUCACCAGGAAAAAGCUCACCGGGAAAAAGCUCGCCAGGAAAAGCCGGUUCGUCUGGAAAAAGUUUACCGGGAAAGAGCGGCUCGCCAGGAAAAUAUGCUGUGUGCAUUCCAAAAACCAGUAAAGAAAUGAAUACUUAUCGUACGUUGGAGGGAGGAUUUAAAAUCCCUACAAUCGGGUUGGGAACGUCGUUUUCUGAAAACCAAAACAUAGAAAAGGCUAUCGAAGUAGCCCUAUCCCUCGGCUACCGCCACAUAGACACAGCUUACAUGUACAGCACCGAAAAACCCGUUGGCAAAGUAAUUAACGAAUGGUUGAGAACAGGAGAAAUAACCAGAGAAGAAAUAUUUGUGACAUCGAAGUUACCAUUCCAUGGAGCAGGACAUCCGGACGCUGUAGAAUUUUUUUUGAAAAUAAGUUUAGAAAACUUGCAACUGGACUACUUGGAUUUAUAUUUGAUACAUUUCCCGGUGGGUUUUAAUUUUAAGGGUGAUGAAUCAUUUGAUGCUUCAGCCGCUGAUACUGAUCAUGAAGCUCUUUGGAAAGCAAUGGAAAAACAAGUAGACGCUGGCAAGAUCAAAUACAUCGGUCUCUCCAAUUUCAAUGUCAGACAAAUUGAUAGAAUUAUGAAAAUUGCCAGAAUUAUGCCUGCAUGUUUACAAGUCGAGAUGCAUGUUCUACUUCAACAACAAGAAUUGGUCGAGUAUUGCCGAAAUAAUAAUAUCGUGCUCGUCGCUUAUGCCCCUCUGGGAUCACCGGAUCUGAUUAAACUUAAAGAUAUUAUGGCAGUGCAAAUUGUUUUACCUAACCUUCUGGGUAACAACAUAGUAGUAAAAAUAGCUGAGAAACAUAAAAAAAACACCUGCUCAAGUCCUGAUCAGAUUUCUAAUAGAAAAAGGUGUUUGCGUUAUUCCUAAAAGCUCAAAUGCAGACAGGCUCAGAGAAAAUUUCUUGGCAUUGACUUUUAAAUUGGAUGAAAGUGAUAUGGCUGCUUUGACUUCACUCGAUGAAGGUCCCAAAGGAAGAAUUGUAAAUUUGGCGAACUUUUUCCCACUAAUACGAACCCAUCCAGAAUUCCCUUUUUAAUUUUGUCAAGUCUUCUUAGUCAGAUAUGUUUCGUGUGUUUUUUUAUAUUAUUUGUUUUUAGAAUUUUAAAAGUAGCAACAUUGUAUGUAUAGGUUUAAUUUUUGUAUUUCUUUAGUAGAAAGUAAGUUAUUAUGUAAUUUUUUAUGAAUGUGUUUGUUUUAUAUUCUUUAUUACUUUAAAAAUUUUCAUUAUAGCAAUAAUGUAUGCAUAGGUUUAAAUUGUUGUAAUUUUUGAUAAAUUUUGGGUUCUCUUUAUAGAAACUAUUUAAUCUAGUAUAAUUUAUUCCUCUUAAACAUUACAUUUUUAUGAG